GUCCGCUCCUGUGCCGUCAGCAAUGGAAGCUGUGAGCAGGACUGCGUGCAGCUGUCCCCUGCUCACUACCAGUGUCGCUGCAGACCCAACUAUCAGCUUGCAGAGGACGGCAAACACUGCAAGUGUAAGUGCCGCUAGACGGCCAUAAAAACAACACUCCUCCAUACAGACCUUCUCCAGAUCCUUCAGUUUUCGGGGCUGUCACUGGGCAAUACGGACUUUCAGCUCCCUCCAAAGAUUUUCUAUUGGGUUCAGGUCUGGAGACUGGCUAGGCCACUCCAGGACCUUGAGAUGCUUCUUACGGAGCCAUUCCUUAGUUGCCCUGGCUGUGUGUUUCGGGUCGUUGUCAUGCUGGAAGACCCAGCCACGACCCAUCAUCAAUGCUCUUACUGAGGGAAGGAGGUUGUUGGCCAAGAUCUCGCGAUACAUGGCCCCAUCCAUCCUCCCCUCAAUACGGUGCAGUCGUCCUGUCCCCUUUGCAGAAAAGCAUCCCCAAAGAAUUAUGUUUCCACCUCCAUGCUUCACGGUUGGGAUGGUUUCCUUGGGGUUGUACUCAUCCUUCUUCUUCCUCCAAACACGGCGAGUGGAGUUUAGACCAAAAAGCUCUAUUUUUGUCUCAUCAGACCACAUUACCUUCUCCCAUUCCUCCUCUGGAUCAUCCAGAUGGUCAUUGGCAAACUUUAGACGGGCCUGGACAUGCGCUGACUUGAGCAGGGGGACCAGGAUUUUAAUCCAUGACGGCGUAGUGUGUUACUAAUGGUUUUCUUUGAGACUGUGGUCCCAGCUCUCUUCAGGUCAUUGACCAGGUCCUGCCGUGUAGUUCUGGGAUGAUCCCUCACCUUCCUCAUGAUCAUUGAUGCCCCACGAGGUGAGAUCUUGCAUGGAGCCCCAGACCGAGUGUGAUUGACCGUCAUCUUGAACUUCUUCCAUUUUCUAAUAAUUGCGCCAACAGUUGUUGCCUUCUCACCAAGCUGCCUGCCUAUUGUCCUGUAGCCCAUCCCAGCCUUGUGCAGGUCUAUAAUUUUAUCCCUGAUGUCCUUACACAGCUCUCUGGUCUUGGCCAUUGUGGAGAGGUUGGAGUCUGUUUGAUUGAGUGUGUGGACAGGUGUCUUUUAUACAGGUAACGAGUUCAAACAGGUGCAGUUAAUACAGGUAAUGAGUGGAGAACAGGAGGGCUUCUUAAAGAAAAACUAACAGGCUGUGAGAGCCGGAAUUCUUACUGGUUGGUAGGUGAUCAAAUACUUAUGUCAUGCAAUAAAAUGCAAAUUAAAAUUAUUUAAAAAUCAUACAAUGUGAUUUUCGGGAUUUUUGUUUUAGAUUCCGUCUCUCACAGUUGAAGUGUACCUAUGAUAAAAUACAAAUUACAGACCUCUACAUGCUUUGUAAGUAGGAAAACCUGCAAAAUCGGCAGUGUAUCAAAUAAUUGUUCUCCCCACUGUAUAUGUUCUGUGGUUGACUGAUAGCAAUGAUCCACCAUGAUGUGUCGUAUUACACUAGUGUUAUCGUAAAUUAUGUAAUCAAUGUUACUGCACUGUUGUGCCUAAACAUUAUAGUGGAUGUGGGUGUGCACGCAAUUUCUCAGUCCAUCCUUGGGCUUAAAUCUCCAUGCAGCACAAACUUUUUUGUCUUUGUUUGCCAUGUCGGGGGUGAGGUGAAAUAACAAAAUGCUGACUGUGCUGGCUGUGUUGGCUUUGUUGACUGUGCCGACUGUGUUGACUGUGUUUGGCUUUUCGGAUUGUGCUUCGACAGCUCACUUCCUGUCUGUUUGUCUGUCUGUCUGUCCUGUCGUGGGGCUGAAUAAACCUGAUGCAAUUACAUGACUAUAACUCCAUCCUGGUGUUUUCCUUACUCCACAUUAUUUUCUCAAACAAGGCUCACGAAAACCGUGGACAAACACUGCAUACUCAUAAAAGUAGCACUUUAAACAAACUCAAAUGCACAUGUGGCCAUUGUGGUUUCCCAUGCCCAUUUGGUAUGACCCCAUAUAGGGGUUUGGCAGCCAUGGCCCGGGAUGAAUUUGAAACGUACUUAAAGGCUGGAGACUGCACCGAUUCUGUCCAACGAUACUGUACUUACAGUGGGGGAAAAAAGUAUUUAGUCAGCCACCAAUUGUGCAAGUUCUCCCACUUAAAAAGAUGAGAGAGGCCUGUAAUUUUCAUCAUAUGUACACGUCAACUAUGACAGACAAAAUGAGAAUUUUUUUUCUAGAAAAUCACAUUGUAGGAUUUUUAAUGAAUUUAUUUGCAAAUUAUGGUGGAAAAUAAGUAUCUGGUCAAUAACAAAAGUUUCUCAAUACUUUGUUAUAUACCCUUUGUUGGCAAUGACACAGGUCAAACGUUUUCUGUAAGUCUUCACAAGGUUUUCACACACUGUUGCUGGUAUUUUGGCCCAUUCCUCCAUGCAGAUCUCUAGAGCAGUGAUGUUUUGGGGCUGUCGCUGGGCAACACAGACUUUCAACUCCUUCCAAAGAUUUUCUAUGGGGUUGAGAUCUGGAGACUGGCUAGGCCACUCCAGGACCUUGAAAUGCUUCUUACGAAGCCACUCCUUCGUUGCCCGGGCAGUGUGUUUGGGAUCAUUGUCAUGCUGAAAGACCCAGCCACGUUUUAUCUUCAAUGCCCUUGCUGAUGGAAGGAGGUUUUCACUCAAAAUCUCACGAUACAUGGCCCCAUUCAUUCUUUCCUUUACACGGAUCAGUCGUCCUGGUCCCUUUGCAGAAAAACAGCCCCAAAGCAUGAUGUUUCCACCCCCAUGCUUCACAGUAGGUAUGGUGUUCUUUGGAUGCAACUCAGCAUUCUUUGUCCUCCAAACACGACGAGUUGAGUUUUUACCAAAAAGUUCUAUUUUGGUUUCAUCUGACCAUAUGACAUUCUCCCAAUCCUCUUCUGGAUCAUCCAAAUGCACUCUAGCAAACUUCAGACGGGCCUGGACAUGUACUGGCUUAAGCAGGGGGACACGUCUCGCACUGCAGGAUUUGAGUCCCUGGCGGCGUAGUGUGUUACUGAUGGUAGGCUUUGUUACUUUGAUCCCAGCUCUCUGCAGGUCAUUCACUAGGUCCCCCCGUGUGGUUCUGGGAUUUUUGCUCACCGUUCUUGUGAUCAUUUUGACCCCACGGGGUGAGAUCUUGCGUGGAGCCCCAGAUCGAGGGAGAUUAUCAGUGGUCUUGUAUGUCUUCCAUUUCCUAAUAAUUGCUCCCACAGUUGAUUUCUUCAAUCCAAACUGCUUACCUAUUGCAGAUUCAGUCUUCCCAGACUGGUGCAGGUCUACAAUUUUGUUUCUGGUGUCCUUUGACAGCUCUUUGGUCUUGGCCAUAGUGGAGUUUGGAGUGUGACUGUUUGAGGUUGUGGACAGGUGUCUUUUAUACUGAUAACAAUUUCAAACAGGUGCCAUUAAUACAGGUAACGAGUGGAGGACAGAGGAGCCUCUUAAAGAAGAAGUUACAGGUCUGUGAGAGCCAGAAAUCUUGCUUGUUUGUAGGUGACCAAAUACUUAUUUUCCACCAUAAUUUGCAAAUAAAUUCAUUAAAAAUCCUACAAUGUGAUUGUCUGGAUUUUUUUUCCUCAAUUUGUCUGUCAUAGUUGACGUGUACCUAUACUAGCUUGUGUUAAUGACUACUAGGCCAAACUGUAGCACCCAGAUUUCCUCCUUCUACAGAUAUAAUAGAUAGAGGAUACAGCUGUGCUGGAGUGGUUGGCUUCAGAUAUCGUGCCUGGCAGUCGUCAGUCCUUACCCAAAGUCCAUUGGCAGCGCAGAUCCUUUGACUUCAGAUGGUUCUUAUUGUGGUCGACACGUAGAUCUCAGAUAUAUCAUGUCGUAUUUUAUAUAUCAAGACAUAUGGACAUAUUUAAUAUUCUUGGAAUUUCACAUUUUCACAUCAAAAGAAAAAAGGCACUUGGAGAGAUGUCGAUGCUAUUUUAGAUCCAAUAGGAUUGAAGUUAUAUUUAAAUGGUUUUGAUACCAGACAUGCAUUAGGCCAAUUUUAGCACUGAAUGGGGGAAAAAUACAAUUAUAUAAAUGUAUUAGGAUGUAAUACAGAGAUUGCAGCUGUUUUGGAGUGUGCACUGUAGUACCUCUAGAUGUUAAAUUACUGUGCACUUUGCCAGGCUUUGAAAUUUCUCGUCUUGUAUCCGACUCCAAGGUCUGAAAGAGAGACCAGUUCGAGCAGGCCGUCAUCGCCUUGGCGACCUCUGACCAAUGGUCUGUCUGGCCAGCAGAAUGACUGGUAAAUCCAAUUGACAUGAGGCUUACCAGAGGUCCGCUGUUACCAUGGUUACUGAACCACGAUCCAAAAGCGAAAUAUAGGAACGCAUGAAAUAGUUAUCCACCUAGUGUGGAUUUCAAACAAACCCGCAUUGUGAAAAAGUAACAUUGUUACUGCUGUAUCCAUUCUAUCUUUGGGCAGAUGUGGACAUCUCGUACCUUUACUGAUUUUCUGUCCCUUUACAAUGUUUCCUGCUUAGCUAGAUGUGCACUGUCUAACAUCGUCUUCCAUACAUCAACAACUAGCUACCAGAAAAUUAAAAAAAUUAAAAUCCCUAAUUUCUAGUAAGUGGAGCUCCUUGGAAAUUCACCUCUCAGGGGUGCAGACAUGGAAGUAAUUAUGGCCCUUUCUGCACAGAGAAAGUAAUCACACCCCCAUUUAACCCCAUUACCCUCUUACUCCCUCAAAUCCACAGGGGAGAAGGGCUAGCAAGAGCAUAUGAAGUGUGUGUGUGUGUUUCUGUCUGUCUGUGUGUGUGUGUGUGUUUGUGUGUGUAUAUGUGUGUGUGUGUGUGUGUGUGUGUGUGUGUGUGUGUGUGUGUGUGUGUGUGUGUGUGUGUUAUGCAUAUGUCCCUGUCAGUCAGAGAGAGAGAAGGGCUGACGAACAUAUUAUGAAGUGUGUGUGUGUUUCUGUCUGUUUGUGUGUGUGUGUGUGUACUCAUCCCAUGUAACUGUAUUUCAGUAAGAAGCCCCUGUGCAGACAGAAAUGGGGGCUGUAUGCACACCUGCAAGAAUGACGGAUGGAGAGCUCAGUGCAACUGUCUUCCUGGAUACACACUGGCACAGGAUGGCAAAAACUGUGAAGGUAAAUAUCCAUAAUUUACUAAAUUAAUUUGAUUGGUUAUGGAUUAUGGUGAUGGUGGUGGUGAUGAUGAUUUUGAUGAUAAUGUUAAAAAGCAAGUAGUUGAAAGUUGUGUGUGUCCCCCAGACAUCGAUGAGUGUGAGACAGGCCAAGCUGCUUGUGCCCAUGGUUGCCAUAACACCCAGGGCUCCUUCACCUGUGUCUGUAACCCAGCAUACGAGCUGGGUGCCGACGGCAGGAAAUGCUAUCGUGAGUCAACUCCCAUUCUCUCUGUCAACUAAAAUGUUCUCUCAGUCAACUUCCAUUCACUCUGUCAACUCUCAUUCACUCAGUCAACUGCCAUUCACUCUCAGUCAACUCCCAUUCACCCUCAGUCAACUCACAUUCUCUCUCAGUCAACUCACAUUCUCUCUGUCAACUCACAUUCACUCUGCCAACUCUUAUUCACUCUCAGUCAACUCCCAAUCUCUCCCAGUCAACUCUCAUGCAGGUUUGAAGGUCUGCGCAGAUCACCAGAACUUCACAAUGCAACGAUAAUCCUAUAUUCUUGGCAUUUGGCCAUAUUUCUCUCUCUUAAGGAAUCGAGAUGGAGAUUGUGAAUGGUUGUGAGACUGCCAACGGAGGCUGUUCCCAAAAGUGCCAACAGUCCACCCUCGGACCUGUCUGCAGCUGUCACCAUGGUUACCACCUGGACGACGACCUCAGGACAUGUGUGGGUGAGCAAAAAGCAGUUUGAUCGAUAUGGAGUGAUUUUAUUUGCCAAUAAUUUAGAAUUUUACAUUAAUUCAAAAUUAUUUAAUUCAAUUCAAAAAUUGACACUAAAAUCUCUACAUAGACAGACUUGUCAACAACGGCUGUGUAUGUUUCAGACUUGGACGAGUGUGAGGCGGGAAGCUCAUGCUGCGAGCAGGACUGUACCAACUAUCCCGGGGGUUACGAAUGCUACUGCGGGGCUGGCUACCGUCUCAAUUCGGAUGGGUGUGGCUGUGAUGGUACGGUCUAUUAAGCAACAUAAUCUCCUUGAUCAAACAUGAUCUAUAAAUCUAUCUACACAGUGUUAUGACUUACUGCUUACAGACAUCAACAACAGAAUAUAAAUCCAUCAAGAUUGUCAUAGUUAGCUCUUCCCAAUAUACUGUACUGUAUACCACAAGGGGGCAAAUUGGAUGGAGGCAAUAACCGCAGUCUUGGCAGAUUUUUGUUCCGUUGUUGAUGUUUGUAAGCAGGAAGACACCCCGCAGUGUAUGAUGAUGUCAUGUCAUGAUGUUGCUGAACCUAUGGUGCUCUUUAAUGCCCUUUUCUUUGCUGUUUUAAUAAGGGUGCUUGCUUCAACUUAAACUGUUCAUUUGCCCCUAACAAUUUAAACCUCUGACACUACCAUUAAAUAUAUUUUAGACUGCUGAAGCAAGCACACACAUUUUCGUCAGGAAAUCAAAAUGUUCUGGUUGUUGAUGUUGCAGAUGUGGAUGAGUGUCUGGUAGACAAUGGAGGCUGUGACCAUACCUGCCAGAACACAGCCGGCUCCUUCCAGUGCUAUUGUCGCCUAGGACACCGGCUAGACGAGGACCGUCUCUCUUGUAUUCGUAAGUGGAUCAGAUAUGAAUCCUGUCUUGGUGGUACUCAGGUAGAAAUAACACAUUGGGCCAGGAGUCUUUCCUGACCUGACUGUAACCUGACUGGGAAAAAAUCUGGGCCUUAGUGGUAGGCUAUAACUGGCAGUACAAGUUAAAGGCUCUAACUAGGGCCCAGAGUUUACAAUUAACAAAUUGCUUUAUGUUAAGUGGCAUGCUAAACUGGAUAUUAGAAUGGAGAGAAAGUGUGCAAAGAGAAUGACAAUGACUGUUGUACACUCUCCCUUCAGCCCUGGAGGGGGCAGUAGAGGCGUUGGAGUGGAGCAGUCGCAUCGCGGUAGAGCGCCCUCUACCCCAGAUCACCCUGCUGAGGGACUACUUCCAGCAGCUGGAGCGUUAUGACGACUACGAGGAGGACAGCCUGGGAGAGCUGCGGGCCCAGAGCACCCUCACCCAGACCUUUGGUAUACAUACAGUUGAAGUCGGAAGUUUACAUACACUUAGGUUGGAGUCAUUCAAACUCGUUUUUCAACCACUCCACAACUUUUUGAUUAACAAACUAUAGUUUUGGCAAGUCGGUUAGGACAUCUACUUUGUGCAUGAUACAAGUAAUUUUUCCAACAAUUAUUUACAGACAGAUUAUUUCACUUAUAAUUCACUGUAUCACAAUUCCAGUGGGUCAGAAGUUUACAUUCACUAAGUUUACUGUGCCUUUAAACAGCUUGGAAAAUUCCAGAAAAUGAUGUCAUGGCUUUAGAAGCUUCUGAUAGGUUAAUUUCCAAACGCCUGAAGGUACAACGUUCAUCUGUACAAACAUUAGUACGAAAGUAUAAACACCAUGGGACCAUGCAGCCGUCAUACCGCUCAGGAAGGAGACGCGUUCUGUCUCCUAGAGAUGAACGUACAGUUGAAGUCAGAAGUUUACAUACACCAGGUUUGUAGGCCUCCUUGCUCGCACACGCUUUUUCAGGGCUUUGUGAUGGCCACUCCAAUACCUUGACUUUGUUGUCCUUAAGCCAUUUUGCCACAACUUUGGAAGUAUGCUUGGGGUCAUUGUCCAUUUGGAAGACCCAUUUGCGACCAAGCUUUAACUUCCUGACUGAUGUCUUGAGAUGUUGCUUCAAUAUAUCCACAUCAUUUUCCUUCCUCAUGAUGCCAUCUAUUUUGUGAAGUGCACCAGUCCCUUCUGCAGCAAAGCACCCCCACAGCAUGAUGCUGCCACCCCCAUGCUUCACGGUUGGGAUGGUGUUCUUCGGCUUGCAAGCAACCCCCUUUUUCCUCCAAACAUAACGAUGGUCAUUAUGGCCAAACAGUUCUAUUUUUGUUUCAUCAGACCAGAGGACAUUUCUCCAAAAAGUACGAUCUUUGUCCCCAUGUGCAGUUGCAAACCGUAGUCUGGCUUUUCUAUGGUGGUUUUGAAGCAGUGACUUCUUCCUUGCUGAGCGGCCUUUCAGGUUAUGUCAAUAUAGGACUCGUUUUACUGUGGAUAUAGAUACUUUGUACCUGUUUCCUCCAGCAUCUUCACAAGGUCCUUUGCUGUUGUUCUGGGAUUGAUUUGCACUUUUCGCACCAAAGUACGUUAAUCUCUAGGAGACAGAACUGAGCGGUAUGACGGCUGCGUGGUCCCAUUGUGUUUAUACUUGCGUACUAUUGUUUGUACAGAUGAACGUGUUACCUUCAGGCGUUUGGAGGUCUACCAUUUUUUUUCUGAGGUCUUGGCUGAUUUCUUUUGAUUUUCCCAUGAUGUCAAGCAAAGAGGCACUGAGUUUGAAGAUAGGCCUUGAAAUACAUCCACAGGUACACCUCCAAUUGACUCAAAUGAUGUCAGUUACCCUAUCAGAAGCUUCUAAAGCCAUGACAUCAUUUUCUGGAAUUUUCCAAGCUGUUUAAAGGCACAGUCAACUUUGUGUAUGUAACUUCUGACCCACUGGAAUUGUGAUACAGUGAAUUUAAAGUGAAAUAAUCUGUCUGUAAACAAUUGUUGGAAAAAUGAUUUAUGUCAUGCACAUAGUAGAUGUCCUAACCGACUUGCCAAAACUAUAGUUUGUUAACAAGAAAUUUGUGGAGUGGUUGAAAAAACGAGUUUUAAUGACUCCAACCUAAGUGUAUGUAAACUUCCGACUUCAACUGUACUUUGGUGCGAAAAGUACAAAUCAAUCCCAGAACAACAGCAAAAAAGGACCUUGUGAAGAUGCUGAAGGAAACAGGUACGAAAGUAUCUAUAUCCACAGUAAAACAGCAAGGAAGAAGCCACCGCUCCAAAACCACCAUAAAAAAGCCAGACUAUGGUUUGCAACUGCACAUGGGGACAAAGAUCAUACUUUUUGGAGAAAUGUCCUCUGGUCUGAUGAAACAGAAAUAGAACUGUUUGGCCAUAAUGACCAUCGUUAUGUUUGGAGGAAAAAGGGGGUUGCUUGCAAGCCGAAGAACACCAUCCCAACCGUGAAGCAUGGGGGUGGCAGCAUCAUGCUGUGGGGGUGCUUUGCUGCAGGAGGGACUGGUGCACUUCACAAAAUAGAUGGUAUCAUGAGGAAGGAAAAUGAUGUGGAUAUAUUGAAGCAACAUCUCAAGACAUCAGUCAGGAAGUUAAAGGUUGGUCGCAAAUGGGUCUUCCAAAUGGGCAAUGACCCCAAGCAUAUUUCCAAAGUUGUGGCAAAAAUGGCUUAAGGAGAACAAAUUCAAGGUAUUGGAGUGGCCAUCACAAAGCCCUGACCUCAAUCCUAUAGAAAAUGUGUGGGCAGAACUGAAAAAUUGUGUGCGAGCAAGGAGGCCUACAAACCUGACUCAGUUACACCAGCUCUGUCAGGAGGAAUGGACCAAAAUUCACCCAACUUAUUGUGAGAAGCUUGUGGAAGGCAACCCGAAUCGUUUGACCCAAGUUAAACAAUUUAAAGGCAAUGCUACCAAAUACUAAUUGAGUGUAUGUAAACUUCUGACCCACUGGGAAUGUGAUGAAAGAAAUAAAAGCUUAAAUAAAUCAUUCUCUCUACUAUUAUUCUGACAUUUCACAUUCUUAAAAUAAAGUGGUGAUCCUAACUGACCUAAGACAGGGAAUUUUUACUAGGAUUAAAUGUCAGGAAUUGUGAAAAACUGAGUUUAAAUGUAUUUGUCUAAGGUUUAUGUAAACUUCUGACUUCAACUGUAUUUGUUUAACUACUUUUUCCUAUUCCUUCUUCUGCUCUUCCUCCACCUCCCCAGUGUGUCUUAACAACACGUUUGGCCACGACUGCAGCCUGACGUGUGACGACUGUUCCAACGGUGGUGUGUGUGACAUGGAGGAGGGCCACUGUGACUGUCCUGAUGGGUGGACAGGCGUUGUCUGCAACCAGAGUGAGUGUAGCCACGCAGAGAAAACAAAACAUCAAAGCAUCAACAGGGUUUUAACCCUCAGUCACAGGUGUUACUGAUCACCUGAGGAUUUAUUCACUAGGAACUAAACGAAAGCAAACCAAUUUAAAAAAAAAAAUCCAUUGCAAAACGUUUUGCUACAGUUUGCUAUGGUGUGCACUAAUGAAUACACCCCUGAUUUGCUACUAGUCAUCUAAGUUCUAACCCAGUGUUUCUCUAUCCAUUGCUGGGUGAAGCUAUAAAAGUGGCCUACCUUGUGUUUAAAUGGAAUUUCACAUUCUGUUAGACACAAUCAUUACAUUUUACAUUUUAGUAAUUUAGCAGACACUCUUAUCCAGAGCGACUUACAGUUAGUGAGUGCAUACAUUUUUCAUACUGGCCCCCGUGGGAAACGAACCCACAACCCUGGCGUUGCAAGCGCCAUGCUCUACCAACUGAGCUACACGGGGCCAAUCAUCAUACAGAAAAUUCCUUAUUUGGUGACGUAUCUACCGUAUAUAGCUUUGUUGAGAGAGUUAACGCCAUACCUCUGUUUCUGCUUCUCUCACCUCUCUCGCUCUCACUCUCCUUCCCUUUGCCCAGCUUGUCCAAAGGGCACCUUUGGCAGGAACUGCUCCUUCAGCUGUAAGUGUAAGAAUGGUGCCACCUGUGACCCUGUGAGUGGGCACUGCCGCUGCCCACCUGGCGUCAGCGGGGACAUGUGCCAGGAUGGUGAGUUGGCACAGAUUCAUGCAGCACUGGAUCAAAAUAGCAUUGUUUUCUCUCAAAAAGGUACAAUUGAUUUAGCUUACAAUUGAACCAAUGGAAUUGUCCUAAAAGUGCAAAUCCUAAUAUUGGUGCACCUUAUAAUAUGUUGUACUUUCUACUCUUGCCUCUGUGUAUCUGUGCUCUGUAGGCUGUCCUAAAGGCUUGUAUGGGAAACUGUGCAAUAAGAAGUGUAACUGUGCCAAUAACGGGCGCUGCCAUCGCACCUAUGGAGCCUGCCUGUGUGAUCCCGGGCUCUACGGGCGCUUCUGUCAUCUAAGUGAGUGGCAUGAUGUCUCGUUGCCUCUCUACCUCGGUCUCUUUCACUCUAUUUCCUUUAUGUCAUUCUUUCACUCCCUGUAGCCAUUUUCUCCAAUUGCCAUGCCAAGUGAUUACCUCAGGAAGGACUCAUUCCUAGUACAUCUGGAUCUUACUGUGAUCUGGGGCUGUCCAGCGAGUAGGAUUGCUGAUCUAGGAUCAGGUCCCCUCUGUCCAUGUAAUCUUAUUCAAUGUGAUCUAAAAGGCAAAACUGAUCCAAAAUCAGAACACCAACUCUAAGAUGCUUUAUUUGAUUUGCUUUAUUAUGAUCCCCAUUAUCCGACGCCAAUGGCGACAGCUAGUCUUACUGGGGUCCGACACAUAACGGAAAAGACAUUACAGACAAAAUACUUUACAAUUUACAUACAUUUAAAAACAUUAACAUGUAGUGUGUAUGUGCAUCUAUCAGUUACACAUACAUGUCAGUACAUACACACAACAAGUAGGUCACAUGGGGGAGAGGCGUUGUGUCGUUUGCUGUUCACUUGUGCUAUAUGAGACGGAAUGGAGUUCUAUGCACUCAUUAAUCUGCAUAAUACUGUUAAUUUCCUUGAAUUUGUUCUGGACCUGUGAAAAGACCCCUGGUGGCAUGUCUGGUGGGGUAAGUGUGUGUGUUAGUGCUGUGUGUAAGUUGACUAUGCAAACAAUUUGGAAUUUCCAACACAUUAAUGUUUCUUAUAAAAACAAGAAGUGAUUGUCAGUCUUUCCUCAACUCUUAGUCAAGAGAGACUGGCAUGCAUAGUAUUCAUAUUAGCAUUCUGAUUACAAUGAAGAGCAAGACGUGAUUAUAUUGUCAAUAUGACUGAACCAUAAUCAAGAUAAGAUACAUUUAUGAAUAUGGGCCCUGGACCUCUCUUCCCCUGCACUACCAUGUACACAGUCGGGCAGUAUUAAUGUGUACCCUAUUAGGCCUGCAGUCCUGUUUAACCCUUGGUGUGCCAUCUCUCCCCAGUGUGUCCUAAGUGGGCGUAUGGCCCUGGCUGCUCGGAGGAGUGCCAGUGUGUCCAACAGAACACCCUAGAGUGCCACCGCCGCCAUGGCUCCUGUGUCUGCAAACCAGGCUACCAUGGCAAGAACUGCCAGGAGGGUCAGUGGUCCAGAAAGAUGUUCCGCACACACACAAGCGUACACAUACACAAGCAUACACACGCAUGCACAUGCACACAUACACGUAUGUGCACGCACACACAUAAACAUACACAUGCAUGCACAUAUACAUAUACUUGGCAAUGACACAGGUCAAACGUUUUCUGUAUGUCUUCACAAGGUUUUCACACACUGUUGCUGGUAUUUUGGCCCAUUCCUCCAUGCAGAUCUCCUCUAGAGCAGUAAUGUUUUGGGGCUGUCGCUGGGCAACACGGACUUUCAACUCCCUCCAAAGAUUUUCUAUGGGGUUGAGAUCUGGAGACUGGCUAGGCCACUCCAGGACCUUGAAAUGCUUCUUACGAAGCCACUCCUUCGUUGCCCGGGCGGUGUGUUUGGGAUCAUUGUCAUGCUGAAAGACCCAGCCACGUUUCAUCUUCAAUGCCCUUGCUGAUGGAAGGAGGUUUUCACUCAAAAUCUCACGAUACAUGGCCCCAUUCAUUCUUUCCUUUACACGGAUCAGUCGUCCUGGUCCCUUUGCAGAAAAACAGCCCCAAAGCAUGAUGUUUCCACCCCCAUGCUUCACAGUAGGUAUGGUGUUCUUUGGAUGCAACUCAGCAUUCUUUGUCCUCCAAACACGACGAGUUGAGUUUUUACCCAAAAGUUAUAUUUUGGUUUCAUCUGACCAUAUGACAUUCUCCCAAUCCUCUUCUGGAUCAUCCAAAUGCACUCUAGCAAACUUCAGACGGGCCUGGACAUGUACUGGCUUAAGCAGGGGGACACGUCUGGCACUGCAGGAUUUGAGUCCCUGGCGGCGUAGUGUGUUACUGAUGGUAGGCUUUGUUACUUUGGUCCCAGCUCUCUGCAGGUCAUUCACUAGGUCCCCCCGUGUGGUUCUGGGAUUUUUGCUCACCGUUCUUGUGAUCAUUUUGACCCCACGGGGUGAGAUCUUGCGUGGAGCCCCAGAUCGAGGGAGAUUAUCAGUGGUCUUGUAUGUCUUCCAUUUCCUAAUAAUUGCUCCCACAGUUGAUUUCUUCAAACCAAGCUGCUUACCUAUUGCAGAUUCAGUCUUCCCAGCCUGGUGCAGGUCUACAAUUUUGUUUCUGGUGUCCUUUGACAGCUCUUUGGUCUUGGCCAUAGUGGAGUUUGGAGUGUGACUGUUUGAGGUUGUGGACAGGUGUCUUUUAUACUGAUAACAAGUUCAAACAGGUGCCAUUAAUACAGGUAACGAGUGGAGGACAGAGGAGCCUCUUAAAGAAGAAGUUACAGGUCUGUGAGAGCCAGAAAUCUUGCUUGUUUGUAGGUGACCAAAUACUUAUUUUCCACCAUAAUUUGCAAAUAAAUUCAUUAAAAAUCCUACAAUGUGAUUUUCUGGAUUUUUUUCCCUCAAUUUGUCUGUCAUAGUUGACGUGUAGCUAUGAUGAAAAUUACAGGCCUCUCUCAUCUUUUUAAGUGGGAGAACUUGCACAAUUGGUGGCUGACUAAAUACUUUUUUCCCCCACUGUAUGUGCAUGCACACACGCACGCACACACACACAGACACACAAACAAACUAAACACACACGUCAAGGAAUGGUUCUAUCUGGUUUGAUCUGGGUCCAGGAAUCUGGCCCUAAAUGUGUAACCAGUACCUUUAACCCACUUUUGCUCAUCUCCUCUAGAGUGUAAUAGAGGAUACUAUGGCCUGGCCUGCAAGAGUACAUGUCAGUGUCCAUCAGGGGUACCCUGUGAUCAUGUAACAGGGGAGUGUCUGCGCCAGUGCCCGCCUGGCUUCCAUGGGGACAACUGUGACCUA